AGGAAUUGCACGAGCGGUAACAAUUUACCAUAACACCGGUUGAUCCGCCAUCUUGGAGGCUCUCGCGUAAUUUCAACUUUCUUCAGCAAUUUAUCGCACGAUUUUCUUCAAAUAUAUCGGUAAAUCAAUACAGAUGCAGAUUUUAUUGACACAACAUGUCUAAGAAACUUUCAUUUGCUACGGAGUAUAAAGAUAGCCUGGAUAGUGUUGCCAAAAAGCGCUACGAGCAGAAGAUAACCAUAGUGGGUGGGGUAGACCCUUACGCAACUGAUUUGGUUUGGUCAAAAGAUGUGGCGUGCCUACCCUCAGUUACGCAUAUAGACAUCGUUCACUAUUUACUCUUUACCCCUAGUCCAUACACGAAAGAAGAUUUGAAAGCUUGGAAAUCACUUGAUGCUGUAAACCAACUCUGCAGUGGAUGGGUGCAAGAGAGAUCAAGUUACAAGACAAACAACCAUGUCAUAGUCACUGCAAAGGUAUUACAUUCACAACGACUUAGAGAGAAGCCACUUAGACCCUGGGUCAUAGUGAAACCAGAUGGUGUUGUGGAGGGGGCCCACUGUAAUUGUAUGGCUGGUCUUGGAGAAGCAUGCACCCACAUAGCAGCUCUUCUGUUUUCAAUAUCUGCAGCUGUGCAAAUAAGAGAUUCGCAAACGUGUACCCAGUCCGCAGCAUAUUGGAAGAUUAUACCAGCAUCAGUGAAGACCAUAAGGUAUAAAACUGUAAGCAACAUAAACUUUACCUCAGCAAAAACUGCCAAAAAACAUUUUGAUGAUAAUUUGCAGUGCAUGAAUAAUGGAGAAAUCCAAGUUACAAACACCCCUUCAGUAAGAAAAGUUAAAACACCUAGAGCAUCAGAGGCAGAUUUCAUGUCAUUCUGUCAAAAACUGUCAGUGUUAAAAUCUAAACCAGCCGUACUAUCAGUCAUAGAGCCGUAUGCUGCAGAUUAUGUUCCAACCUGUGAGAAACGAGACUUUCCUUUAAUACUUAGUGAACUGAAAGAUCCGGAUAUGAUUGGUGAGCCAUUGUGCACAGUACAAUCUAAAUGUAAAAACAUAAGGGUUUCAUGCAGCAAAGAACAAUCCGAAAAUGUUGAGGUUGAAACUCGGCUGCAGUCAAAAUCAAAGCUAUGGAACCAGUUCCGAGCUGGUAGAAUCACAGCAUCAAACAUGCGAAGUGUGGUUUUUACAGACCCUGACAAGCCAUCGAAAUCUCUUGUAAAGAAAAUAUGCUAUCCAGAGACCCAGUGUUUCCAGACUGAAGCCAUGAAGUGGGGAACAGUGAAUGAAAGAGUGGCUCUAAAGCAGUUUGUGGAGUAUACCAGCCCAAAGCAUGAAAACCUGCUAGUGAGAGAAAGUGGAUUUAUUAUUUCAGAAGAUCUACCCUGCAUUGGUGCUUCACCUGAUGGUAUAACUGCCUGUGACUGUUGUGGCAAUGCAUGUAUUGAAAUUAAAUGCCCCUUUAAUGCUAGAAAUGAUAAAAUUGAUGAGAACACAUGUGAUUUCUUAGUUUUAAAAAAUGAUCAACUCCAUUUAAGUGAAAAUCACAAGUACUAUUACCAGAUACAAACUCAAUUAGGUGUAUGUAAACAGGAAAUGUGCUUCUUUGUUGUUUGGACAUUAUGUGAUUUAUUUAUUGAAGAAGUGAAAUUCAAUCCAAUUGUUUGGGAAGACAUAUGCAGCAAGUCAAAAGGUUUCUUUGAGUGUGCGGUUUUGCCAGAAUUAGUUGGUAAAGUAUUCACAAGCUUGCCAGUGCCAGCCAAACAGCCGGUAUUGAAUACUACUGAUAAUGUCAAGCAACCGGUAUUAAAAGCAAUAGAAAAUGUUCAGUGUUCUGAUACCCAAAUGAAACCUGUCUUACUAUCAGACUCCGAGGAAAGAUAUUGUUAUUGCGACCAGGUUGAAUCUGGUAAAAUGAUAGCAUGUGACAAUAACGAUUGUUCAAUUGUUUGGUUCCACUUUACUUGUCUUAAGUUGGAAAAUUCCCCAAGAGGAAAGUGGUACUGCCCAGACUGUAGAAAGUUACCUGCAUUCAAAAGACUCAGAAAGAAAUGAAUUGUUGUCUGAUUUUUAACCCUGUACUGAUUAUGGACCCAUGGAUAGUGUGUGAUGUAUAGGGCUUGUUGGAAAAAUAUUGAUAUAUAUUAAAUGUGUGUAUCUGAAAUAAUUACGCACAACAUAAUUAUUUCACAUCAUGUACUUAUGUUCAUAUCAUUUAUAUAUCUGACUGUAAACAUGUUUGUUGCUGUGGAGUAAAGAGCUAGAUAUAAUUUUGAAAGGUUAUCAAUAAUAUAUUCAACAUAAUACUCAGGACUGUUUUAUUGUGUUGUACAUUAUGUUCAUGUGUAAUGACUUAUUUGCUGAAUGCUGUUGUAACUAUGUUUGGUGUUCAUUUUCAAUGUUAUAUUUAUUGCUAUCAAUCUAUAAGUGAAUUAAUCAAUUAUACCAAGCUGGAUAUAUGUUUUAGAUGCAAUAUUAAUGGUUCAUAA